AUGCACACUGCGGUGCUGGACGCUGCGAACCGGAGGAUGUACAUCUUCGGUGGGGGAACUCGCAGCUCAUCCAGUAGUACUGCCAACAGCCUCUUGAGCGACCUCUUCCGUUACGACGUAGCUUCUGACUCUUGGACACAGUUGACAGGGCACACGACUCCGCGAGCACGCCAUGCAGCGGUUUGGGACAGCAACUCGGACCGCAUGAUUGUUUUCGGUGGAGAGGCAGAUGACAAGACAAAGCUCGGGGAUGUGUUGGAGUACGAUCCAGCUUCGGACACAUGGAGCUCUCCCACCAUCAGCGGGAGCACUCCGGUAGCGCGAGAUGAGCCUGUGGCCGUGUGGGAUGCAACAUCCAAUUCAAUGCUGAUGUGCUGCGGAGAAGGAGACGUAGAUGUGUACAUUUCCUUCACGAGCAUGUGGGAUGACACGUACAACGACUUGUGGAGCUACGUCCGUGGUUCUGGUUGGACUGAGCUGGUGCAAUCCGGCAGCUUUACCCAGCGAGAAUGCACUGCAGCAGCAUGGGAUGCAACGACACGAGCAAUUGUAGGCUUCGGUGGGUACCGUUCAGGAAACAACUACCUGACUUCAGCAUUCUCUUAUUCUGUCGCCAGCAACAGCUUCAGCAAGUACGAUGUUCCAGAUGCGCUGUAUGCAGCGGCAGCAACUUGGGACAAUCAGGAAGGUGUUUACAUGUUCGGAGGCUGGGUCGACAACACCGCCGUUUUCUCGGACAAGCUGUGGAUGCUGAAUACCACUGCAGGCAAUAGCUGGACUCAACUCUCUCCUCAGCUUUGGCCACCGGGCCUGGGGAGACAUACCAUGGAGUGGGAUGAGGCGAGCCAAGGUAUCUUCAUGUUUGGUGGGAAAGUGGAAGGAGCCGGGACUUACUCAAGCAACAUGUACUUCUACAGUGUGAGCCUCAACACGUGGACCCUGAAGUCAUCUGUCUCGGCGCCAUCGGGCAGACAAAUGCACACUGCGGUGCUGGACACUGCGAACCGGAGGAUGUACAUCUUCGGUGGGGGAACUCGCAGCUCAUACAGUAGUACUGCCAACAGCCUCUUCAGCGACCUCUUCCGUUACGACGUAGCUUCUGACUCUUGGACACAGUUGACAGGGCACACGACUCCGCGAGCACGCCAUGCAGCGGUUUGGGACAGCAACUCGGACUGCAUGAUUGUUUUCGGUGGAGAGGCAGAUGACAAGACAAAGCUGGGGGAUGUGUUGGAGUACGAUCCUGCUUCGGACACAUGGAGCUCUCCCACCAUCAGCGGGAGCACUCCGGCUGCACGAGUUGAGCCUGUGGCCGUGUGGGAUGCAACAUCCAAUUCUAUGCUGAUGUGCUGCGGGGGAGGAGACGUAGAUGUGUACAUUUCCUUCACGAGCAUGUCGGAUGACACGUACAACGACUUGUGGAGCUAUGUCCGUGGUUCUGGUUGGACUGAGCUGGUGCAAUCCGGCAGCUUUACCCAGCGAGAAGCGGCUGCUGCUGUGUGGGAUGCAGCCACGCGAUCACUGAUAGGCUUUGGCGGAUACAGGUCCGGUGGCAACUACAUGUCUUCAAUAUUCUCCUACUCUGUCGCCAGCAACAGCUUCAGCGAGUACACGGUAGGAGGUCCAGGAGCACGUGAUGCGGCUGCUGCAGCCUGGAAUCCAAGCACCAAAGAGCUUUACUUGUUCGGAGGAUGGGUGGAUAGUGCCAGCAGCUACGAGGAUGUGCUGUGGAGGUUGGACAGCACGCACACGUCGGUCACAACCACCUCCAGCACUGAAACAGGUAGCUCAACUUCCACCACUUCCAGAACAUGGACCAGUAGCAGCAUUACUUGGACGAGCAGCUCGACUUCCCGAACCUCUUCGACAAGUAGAACAUUGACCAGAACGUCUACCACAUCCACAACGUCGAUAAGUAGCUCGACAUCCCGCACUUCUUCCACAAGUGGAACAGCCUCAACAUCGACUCGUAGCUCGACUUCUGGAACAUCUUCCACGGGGACUGGAACAUCCGCCACAACCACGAUGACAGGCAGUUUGACGUCUUCCACGGCUUCCAGCAGCAUGACAUCGACCAGCCGCGCAAGUUCUAGAACAUUCACGCUCACGUCCACCACAACCUCUCUGUCGACGAGUGGCUCAACGUCACUCCGCAGCAUUACAUCGACGAGUAGCUCGACUUCGGCAACUCUUUCCUCGUCAGGAACACCCACCGCCGAAGUUCCAUGGACCAGUACGACCUCGGCCGCCUAUUCCAUGGAGUUCUUGGAGCUACUGGAGCUUGCAGAGCAAAGCCUUCUGCGAAGGAUUCUAGUCUCCUCGGUAUCCAUGCAGAACCUGUCAGUUCUGGACCGCGCUGUUCUCGAGGUUGUGGCUCAGGCCGCGCAGCUGUCGCAGCUGAAUGAGUCGGAGCCCGUGUUUCUGACCCUAAGCGUUAUCAAAGCUACGCCGGCCAUUCUGAACGACACCGGCAUGCUGGCCUCCAGUGCCGUGAGCGUGAACUUCCGUGAUUUGAGCGGCCAGCCCCUAGAGCUGCCGAACCUGAGGAAGCCUGUGAAGCUGAGCUUCGAGGUGGACUCCCGGGCCUUAAACCGGCAAGGCUAUCUGACUCAGUGCAUGUUCUGGGACGAAACUGGGGGACUUUGGGCCAAAAGGGGCCUCGAAAGGCUGCCCGAGUCCCAAGCAGAAGCCCUCCUUUGCAUCACCAACCACUUGACCAUCUUCGGGGCUGUGUGGGAGAUUAUCCAACAAGAGCUCCGAUGCUCCACUGCUGGGCUGGUGUUGUCGGUUGAAGGACUCCAGAACCUUGGCACUUCCCAGUGGUUGCAUUUUGCAGCGACCAUUCUCACUUUCAUCUUCCUUGGCUCUUUUGGUAUCGCGAUGGUCUGGGGCAUGCGCCGGGACUGCCUUGCUGAACGCGCUCUUCCCCGGAAGGAGGUGGAGAAUGCGCUGCUGGUGAGCCGCCAGGAUGCGCCCGCUGCAGAACCCGAGCACUCCGAGGUUCCCGAAACCCGCUGCAGCCGCUGUCGCAGUUGUGCAGGAAGUGCACUCGACGGCUUCGCCUGGUUGGUGAGCACCAUGUUUGAGGUCCAGGCCGCAGACUCCGUGACGGAGCUACUGGAUAUGAGACUUGCAGCGGUGAAUCGAUGCAUAACCUCCAUCCAUGCAUACAGGACUGGCGCUUGCCGAGAGAGCAUCAAGGCCGUCAUGAAGUCCAGCGGUGAGAAGAAGCUGAGGCGAAAGAGCACGCGAAGUCAGAAUGGGGAGGUUGUUCGGACCACCACCACCGCCUCAGUGGCUACUGCUGCCGAGACGUGGAACGUCCAUCAUCACGGGGUGCUGGCUGUCGAAAGGUUUCUGCAUGGCAAUUUGCUUAGGCGCCUGAUUAUCUUGAUGCCUUGCAUGCACCCCUGGCUGGCCGCGACACUCAUCAGCUUCUUUCGAUCGCACACCGUGAGAGAUGCACUCAUCAUCCUCAAGCUGGUGAGCGCGGCCUUCACCAAUGCGCUCUUUUUCACCAGCACCGCCCAAGCUGCGAACUCCGAUGAUGAGUGCAGCCCACCGGAGACCUUCGGGGAGAAGCUGCUUACAUCCGUGGUUGUGGGCUUCCUUUCUGCCUGUGCAGGGGAUGUGCUGAUCGUGAUGCUGGCCCUGAUCCAGCGCCGGCGCAUGCUGGUCCGAGAUUUCUGGACACACAAAAUGAAGUCCAGGCAGUUUCGCUGGUGGCGUUGGAGGCGACGAGUGUUUUGGGUCAUUUGGCUCAGCCUUUUUGGUUUUUCCGUUCUGUACAUUCUGUCAUUUUUGGCCAAUGUGAGCGUUGCUGAUGCACAUAAGUGGCUCGAAAGCACUGGCGUGAGCCUUCUGCAAGAUCUUGCUUUGAAGCCCGCGCUUCUUGCAAGCGGCUAUGCUACAAUAUCAACUCUCGUUCUAAUUUGCAAUCCGCGUGUCAAAGACAAAGUGGAAAAGCAGUGGAUAAAUCCCGACGAAAUCGACGAAGUGGAGGAUAAUUUUAAUAGGGAUGCAAGCGGUGAAGACGACCAAAAUUGCCCUAGCCGGCUCCCAGAUGAAAUCAGAUCUGAGGAGUCCGACUCCAUGUUGGUCGAGUUCUUUAAGAGAUUCGGCCUUGCGCAUAAAAGCGUGCACUCGCACGCAAAACAGGUUUCACCAGGCCGCCAUGAAAAUCAUCGGAGGCCCCGACUCGCGCUUUUGGUGACAAGAAGACAGAUGCUCAGGAAUUUUGUGCCAACGUAUUGCUUCCAGCAGACAAGCACGGUUUUGCAUGCUGGUGACUGCUGCCACCCACAUCUUGCAUGCACAGGGGGGCACAUCUCAAGGACGAAUGUCUGA